UUUAAGUGGCGCCGGGCCAAAAAGCCUCGCUCGGAGGCUCCUCGGCAGUGCGGCGUAACAAUAUCCCCACGUGACUUCUCGAAAGCCUCUGUGCCAAGCGGCCUGCGGCGGAGGGAGCGAGCGAGCGAGCGGGGAGCGAGGAGGCCGGGCUUGCGAGAGGUCGGAAAGGCAGCAGAGCGGGCGCGCCUCUGGCCAGCCGCACACCGGAGGACGGCCAGCCCGGCGACGUGAUGCGAGGCUGACCCGUGCAAGGGCGAGGGACAGCCGCGGGUUUUCUGCAACGCUUCCCCCUCGCCUUGAUUCCCGUUCGGUCCGCUGGCGCGCGCGCGCGCUCUGUUUUGCGCCGAUGUUCCCUUUCCGUCGCCCCCUUCUCACUUUGGGGUGACUCUCUCCUGCCCGCCUCUGUGAUCUGCUGCGACUUCCCCGCUCGAGCGGCGCGAUAGCGUCCCCGCCAACAUGCCCGAGCAGCUCAGCGUCUCGGAGUUCGUGGCCGUGACCUCGGAAGAUCUCAGCUCGCCGGCGGCUUCCAGCUUCACCUCCAAAAUGCAGAAGUGCCGGGGCGCCGUGGUGGCGCUGGAGGAGAGCCUGGACGGGGACCAAGCCAUUCUCCAGAGGAUCAGGAAAUAUGUGAAAGCGAUUCAUCUUUCUGGGCUCACACAUGUGGAGAAUGAGGAGCAGUACAGUGAGACCCUGGAGAACUUCGGCAACAACCACCUUUCGCAGAACAAUCACGAGCUUUCCACGGGCUUCCUGAAUCUGGCCGUCUUCACCAGGGAAGUGACGGCGCUUUUCAAGAACCUGGUGCAGAAUCUGAACAACAUCGUCUCAUUUCCUCUGGACAGCCUGCUGAAAGGGCAGCUUAAAGAUGGCCGGCUGGAUUCCAAGAAGCAGAUUGAAAAGGCUUGGAAGGAUUACGAGACCAAAGUCACCAAGCUGGAGAAAGAGAAGGAGCGAGCCAAGUUAUCUGGAGUAAUUCAGGCAGACCCCUCAGCAGUGGAAAUCUCGGAGGACCUGCAGAAGGAGCGCCGCACGUUCCAGCUUCAGAUGUGCGAGUACCUUCUGAAAGCCCAUGAAAGCCAAAUGAAGCAAGGUCCAGACUUUCUGCAGAGCCUGAUCAAGUUCUAUCAUGCACAAUACAAUUUCUUUCAAGAUGGUUGGAAGGCAUCUCAGAACUUGUACCCAUUCAUCGAGAAGCUGGCCGCAUCUUUACAUGCACUUCAUCAAGCGAAGGAAGAGGAGGUGAAACAGCUCACUCGGAUCCGCGAUUCCCUCCGAGGCAUCCUGCAGCUGGAGACCAAAGGGGACAACCUCAACAGGAAGAACUCGGGCAGUGGCUACAGCAUCCAUCAACACCAAGGCAACAAGCAGUAUGGGACAGAGAAGUCGGGCUUCCUGCACAAGAAAAGCGAUGGGAUCCGGAAAGUGUGGCAGAAGAGGAAGUGUGGAGUGAAGUACGGAUGCCUCACCAUCUCACACAGCACGAUAAAUCGACCUCCAGUGAAGUUAAAUCUGUUGACUUGCCAGGUGAGGCCUCAUCCAGAGGAUAAAAAGUCCUUCGAUCUUGUGACACACAACAGAACUUACCACUUCCAAGCCGAGGACGAGCCGGACUGCAUUGCAUGGGUGUCAGUGCUCCAGAACAGCAAGGAUGAAGCACUUAGCAAUGCUUUCAAGGGGGACCCAGGCGGCUGUAUGUCUCCGACGGGCGGCAUGGUGGACAGCGGCCUGCAGGAGCUCACCAAGCUCAUUAUUAGUGAGGUGAAGAACAUGCCGGGCAACAGGCAGUGCUGCGACUGUGGAGCCCCAGAUCCCACGUGGCUCUCCACCAACCUUGGCAUCUUGACGUGCAUUGAGUGCUCAGGGAUCCACCGCGAGCUGGGGGUGCACUAUUCCCGCAUCCAGUCUCUGACGCUCGAUGUGCUCAGCACUUCUGAACUGCUGCUGGCAGUCAGCAUUGGAAAUGCCAAGUUUAACGAAGUGAUGGAGGCCACCUUGCCAGCACAAGGCAGCCCGAAACCCUCUUCAAGCAGUGAUAUGAAUGCCCGGAAGGAAUUCAUCAUGGCCAAGUACAUGGAGCGCAGAUACGUCCACAAAGCUGCCAGGGAUGAACCCGGCUGUCUCUGGGAAGCCAUCCGCAACCGGGAUCUCCUGGCACUGUUGCAGGCCUUUGCAGUGGGCCACGAUUUGUCCAAACCUCUGGCCAGCCCUGAGGGUCAGGAACCAGGCGAACUGGCUCUCCAUUUGGCUGUACGGUACGCCAACAAAACCUCACUCCCCCUGGUGGACUUCAUUAUUCAGAAUGGAGGAAACCUGGACAGGCCCACGCCGGAGGGGAAUACAGCCCUGCAUUAUGCAGCCCAGUACAAUCAGCCCAACUGCAUCAAGCUGCUGCUAAAAGGGAAGGCCGCAACCAGUGCUGUCAACAGCGCUGGAGAAACACCCCUGGAUGUGGCGAGAAGGUACAAACACGUGGAAUGCGAAGACCUGCUGGAGCAGGCGCAGGCAGGAAAGCUGGCCCCACAGUUCCACGUGGAGUACGACUGGGAAGGCUCACAGGAGUUGUCUUACGACAGUGAAGAUGAGCUGGAUGAAAAGGUGAGCCCACUUCAGCGAUCCUUCGGAUCCUCGCCAUCCCCCACCACGGGCCAGCCGGCCCCUUUCCCCCCAAGCAGAUGGAGCUGCACAGGCAUGGACAUCAGCAACAAGACCUACGAGACCAUCCUGGCCCCCGUGCGGCCCGGCUUGAGGAGCUCCAACAGCGAGGAGGGGCCCCCACCGCUGCCGAUCAAGAACCCCACCAGAGGGAGUGCCAAGACAAAGCCAGACUCCUCCGAGUCCUUGUCCCCGUCUCCAGACAUCUCCGGCGUACUGGACAGCCGGCACUCGUCUACUUCCAGCGUUCCUGGCACCCUGGAUGGUGGCACACCCCGGCAGUCACUGAGUUUCCGGAACUCUGUGGAAGUCAGAGGCACAGCCUACUGGGAAACCUGCUCUGAAAGGGACCUCGUGUCCCAGCGGAGGAGGUCGGAGCCCAGUCACACGGCGGUGCUGCAGCCCUCUCCGGGGACCUCUCCCGAGCAGGGGCAAGCGAUGCCAGUCAAGUUCAGUUCAGAAAGCACCCGAUCCUACCGGCGGAUCAGUAGCGGUUCAGGGGGCAAAUCUCCUGGCACUCCGCUUUCCCCAGGAUCCGUUUUCCCAGAAGAACUGCCUUCCGGCAAGGCUCCGGUACUGCUGCAAAACCCUGUGCCGAUGCCAAGAAGAUUUGCUCCGGCCAAGGGACGGCCCAAGAGAGUGAUGGCUUUGGUCGACUGUAAAGGGGACAAGGCCCGUGAGCUGACUUUUGCCAAGGGUGAAGUGAUUGUGGUUACACGGGAAGAGGAUGAGCAGAGCUGGGCUGGUUUCAUUGAAGGAGACGGCACGCGGACAGGGGUGUUCCCUUCUAGCUUCGUACACCCUUUGCAAGACUGAUGGGACCUUUGGUACGUGUCCUGGGGAGAUGCACCAGCUGGAGAAGAACCAGAACCAGACGCAGACAGAAUGCCGUGCUUGCUGCAACUGUGCAAAGCUGGCCAUUCUGCCUAGGAUGUGAUCCACUUAAUCAAUUCCAUGAUGUUGUCGCUGGUAGGAAGCCUUUGGGAUUGAGAUUUGGCAGUUCUUUGAAGCCGGAGGGAUAAUGGAAUCCCCUGAAAGGGAGUCGCCCCCUCUACCACUGUUGCUUGGCUGGGCAUCUUUGCUUCCCUUUAAUGUCAAUUAAGCCAGCCUAGUGAUCGCUACAUUCUCCUCAUUUGAUGCAGAGGUUCCAUUAGCGCAAAGUCACCCUGUCCACUGUUUGAUCUCUUGCUUAAAAGCAUCUGCCAUUUGGCAAAUUCUUUGCGUGUGCUAUGCAAAGCUGUGGAAUGGAUCCGUGUCCCUACCAGCACGGUUUUAUUUCAGGCCAUCCUCAGUUGCCGUUGCAAUGGCCACGAGGGAUGGGGACCUGCUUUAGCAAACAAAAAGAAAAUGCACAGGCAACGCAUGCUGGCGAUGUUGAAAACUAAGGCGGCCUUUGGCAGGGCUUCAGAAUGGGGCAGAAUGCACUUCCUGCCCCAGCCCUGCGGUCCCGUUGCCUGCUUGUCCUGGCCCUGUGGAGGUCAGGGAACCCUCUUUCUGAACCCUCUCAUCCCCCUGAAGAACCUUUGCAGGUCUGCUGUGCAGCACCUCCAUGUUGCAGGGGAUUCUGGGACUGUCAUCUGGCCCCAGGCAGCCAAGGCUUCUGUUCGAGGCGAACGAAGGUGCCGUCCGGACACUUGCCUCUCUCUCGCGAGGCGUUGCUGAAGAGGUGAAGUGGGCUGCUUCAGGCAGUAGAACUGGGGCACCUUUCAGAGGUGUUCUCUCAGGGUGGGCAUGACUUGAAACAAGAAGGCAGGUGGAGAGAGGAAUUGUUGUCUGGCUGGUACAACAAGACUCUUUGGAAAGUUGGCCUUAGUGGGGGAAUGCGGGGCAGGUAGGGACCAUCUGAUGCUUCACUCCAGGGAGCAAAAUAUCUCGGGCUGGCACUGCCAAGUAUGUCUGCCGUCACACCAUCCAGGUACCCCCCCAGCAAUAAAUACACUGCAAUACACACGCCCUCCUUUUUAAUUCAGUCAGGAGGGCUUGCAUCCAGUUUGAGCAACUUGGGUUCAGAUCCCAUUGAAAGCAAGGGAAGAAGCUGAUCCAUGGCUUCAUUCUGCUUAAAAACAGUGGGUUUUAAGUGCAACCAAGUAAGUUCCAAUCCAACACUUUGCUUUUAGGAUGGUGCAGCCAGUUUGGAAUGUGCUCUUGGAGGGGUACAAAUGCACUUUCUGUCAUGUCAAGCUCUUUAAAGCCGGUCCUGGGUGCCUGCCAAGUUUGAGCCAGAAGUUGUGGGCAAUGCCAACUGGCUUACCUCAGUGAUGGCAGCAAAACAUUUCUUCUCAGUCCAUUACCAGAGUAGAUUUGUAACUAUUUUGAAAAUGCCUCUCCUCUCCUCUCCUCUCCUCUCCUCUCCUCUCCUCUCCUCUCCUCUCCUCUCCUAACAGUGAAUGCAUACAUGCACCAAAGUGCAUCCUUCACUUUUAAACAGUUUGGAAAGCACAAGUACCUGGCUCGAGGCAGCAUUCAGCUUGCUGGCAUGUCUAUUUGUCAUGCACUUUCUAAACCUCUCCUCUAGGCACGGGCAAAGAGGUUGCAGCAGCCUUUUUUUCAGCCCAAUGCCUCCCCGCUCCGAUUUGCCCAUCUGUUUUUACUUGUUUUAAACAGAAAAGAUUUCAUCAUGCAUAUUUCCCUUUCUUCCCCUGGUGUGUGGAGAGUUCAGGGGCAUCUCUUGUGAGAGUCAGUUUCCUUUCCAAGCGAAGCACCCUGUCGAUUUGGUUGCCACUUGCAAAAUCGGAGUCCAGCCCAGUGACCAGGGGACAGAUGGUCAGGGACCUGCUCUGGGCCCACUGCCCAGAGCCCCAGGCACGCUUCUCUCCGGCACGGGAACCUGCUGCCCCCUUCUCUAGCCCAGACAAGGAUGGUGCUGAGGCAGAGAAGCAAGAUACGCUUGUGCCCACUCGCCCACUGGCCGCCUGUCUGCCAAGCCAGCGGGGUAGCAAGGCCAGGAGCAAGAUGUUGCUGGUGAAAAGGGGGGUGCAUUGAGGGAAGGAUCCCAUGCAGGGCGUCUUGCCCAAGGAGCCCCACAAACCAGGAGCCAGCCCUGGGAAGGAUGAGUAAUGAGCGCCCUGUCUGUUCCAAAACAGCACCCAGCCGGGCUCAGGUGUCAGGUGAUUUAAGCCAGAGGUGAGCUACCUGUGACCCUCCAGAUACUCUGCUCUGCACCUCCCCCCCCAUCAGCCCCUGCUCAAAAGCUGAGGGUUGAUGGGAGAUGUAGGGCAACCAUUUUGCAGGGCUUCCAUGAUACAAACAAGCAAAGGCUGCUUUUCGGGUCUGUUGCUGAGCAGUGAUACCCACCAGAACCAAAUGCAUCGAGUUUCCGCAGGUCCGCUGCUUGCUGGUGCCGCUCGCUUUCAGGAAAGCAAAGCACAUUUCCAGCAGCGUGAAUAGAACGGGUUUUGAAAAGGCCAGCCGCUCUGUAAGGAUUGUGCACUUAAUCAGACCUGCCCCUCCAUCUCCAGAAAGUAAGGACCUGGCGGCCACAGGUAGAGUGCCGCUUGCUGUGUCCACAUCCUUCUGCUUUGUUAGAAGCACAACAUAUAUGUGGAACUUAGUGACACAAGAUAGAGGAGAAAAUAGCCGUCCAUGCAAGGCAGGCUUGCUAAUUUCUUAAAAAAAAAAAGAAAAAAAAACACUGCCCAAACACUUGAAUUAUAGUGAUACUGGCAAUAACUAGAAGGGGUUAUUGGAAAACUUGUUUAUAUGUUGAAAGGAAGAUACAUGUUUGCAGGACACAGCGUGACCUGGCAUUGAAGACGGCAUCUGGUACUGAGAAAAUCCAAGCUCCACCUUGUAUAAACCUUAAAGAAAUUAGCACAUUUUGCAUGCAGUGCUGGUUUCGGCUAAUCCAUAUGAGGGCAAAUUUUGUACAGAUCCUCCACCUCAGCUUCUGAGUGCUUUUCAGGUACUGCCCACAUUUGCAAGAAUAUCUGUGCAGCCUUAAGGACUAGAAACUUGAUACAUUUGUUGUUUCCAUGUUUGUAGGUGUGAGAUUUUGCAGGGUGUUGAAAUUUUAACUAGCACAAAAUGGGAUGCCUAAAUGUUCUGUCAACUUGAUGUUUCCUUGUCUUAAAUCAACAAAAAAACCCUGGCAGCUGGCCAACAGGGAAAGGAAAACUCCCUGAUUGUCAAAUACACACAAACGGUACACCCUAGUGGCAUCUUCAAAGACUGCAACAGAAACCUUGCCUAGAGCUGACUGCAUCACAUGUAUGAAUGUGUCGUCUUAGUUGGGAUUUAUGUGCAAAUACAUAAAUACUAAAGCUGCAAUACGUGCAGAACAAUCCUAUUAAUGUUUACUUAGGAAUUGUGGAUUGCAUUCAAUGGGUCUUGGGCCUGAGCAUCUUUUGGGAGCCCAGUAAAAACUUGUAUGCAGACCCCCUCCCUCGCCUGCACAACAGCCCAGCUCCAUGCAUACCAUCUCACGAGUCAGGACAGAAACGUUUCUAUUUUCCGAAAUAGAAUUACACAUUAUGCCUGGAAUUACACCAUUGCCACAAACGGGGGAUUUUCUGGCUUGCAUGCCCCUGAACUCUUCUCCUCUUGUUAUUAUGAGAACACAAAGCCUUAGACUUGAAGACAAGUCCUACAAACUUUGCUGAUUGUGCUGGGACUUUUGAGGUGUUCCUGGUCAGGGUAUUUCUUGAGCCAGGCUCCAGCAAGGCCUCGUCAGUCCUGAAACUCUGGCGGGUCGGUUGGUGUCUGUCUGCUUUUUGUUUAAGCUCAUUACGUUUCAGGCUGCUUGGUGUCUAUUUAUAGCUAGCCUUGUAUGUGCAUGUACAUGCAAGAGAGCGAGACUGGACCAGUCUGGUGUACGGGGCUUUUUUUGUCAUAGAACGCACCGGAAAGGCGUUCCGGCACCAUCUUUUGACGGAUUUUUCCAAGUGAUUGUGAAUCGCCCUGUUAGGCGUAGCAGGUCGGCGGCAAAAACAAU